GCAUCGCGGCCCAGGUGAAGCUGAGUCGUGUAGGUGUGUGUGUGUGUGUGUGUGUGUGUGUGUGUGUGUGUUGGUUCAGUGUGACCUGUGAGCCAUGGAGGGCGAAGGUCUGUCGGACGAGGCUGCGUCCGCCGCCUGUAAAGAAGGAGACCCCAUCACCAAGGACUACAUGAUGCAACAGACGAUGCUGAGGGUCAAAGAUCCGGCAAGAUCCCUGGACUUCUACACUCGUGUGCUGGGCUUGACGUUGUUGCAGAAGAUCGACUUCCCCUCGAUGCGCUUCACGCUCUACUUCCUGGGAUACGAGGACAAGUGCGACAUCCCGGGCGACGUCAGAGAGCGGACGGCCUGGACGUUCUCCCGCCGAGCCACGAUAGAGCUCACACAUAACUGGGGAUCGGAGUCCAAUAAAACUCUGUCGUACCACAACGGGAACAACAAGCCGCGAGGGUUCGGUCACAUUGGAAUCUCCGUCCCGGACGUGUCCGCCGCCUGCACAUUCUUUGAAGAACAAGGAGCGACGUUCGUCAAGAAGCCGAAGUCGGGCAAGAUGAAGGACCUGGCCUUCAUCCAGGACCCUGACGGCUACUGGAUCGAGAUUCUGAGUUGUAACAACAUGGUCUCCUUGAUGUCGCCUUAAUGUCGUCUAACAUCUGUUUUAUUAAAUAUAUAUAAAGAAGAA